AUGGCGCCAGCGGUGGCCGGAGGAGGCCGCGUGCGGAGCAAUGAGCCGGCUGCUGCCGCGGCGCCGGCGGCCGCCAGCGGGAAGCCCUGCGUCUGCGGCUUCCAGGUGUGCGCCUGCACGGGAUCGGCCGCGGUGGCGUCCGCCGCCUCCUCGCUGGACAUGGACAUCGUGGCCAUGGGCCAGAUCGGCGCCGUCAACGACGAGAGCUGGGUGGGCGUGGAGCUCGGCGAAGACGGCGAGACCGACGAAAGCGGUGUCGCCGUUGACGACCGCCCCGUCUUCCGCACCGAGAAAAUCAAGGGUGUCCUUCUCCACCCCUACCGGGUGCUGAUCUUCGUUCGGCUGAUCGCCUUCACCCUGUUCGUGAUCUGGCGUAUCUCCCACAAGAACCCUGACGCCAUGUGGCUGUGGGUGACAUCCAUCUGCGGCGAGUUCUGGUUCGGCUUCUCCUGGCUGCUGGAUCAGCUGCCCAAGCUGAACCCCAUCAACCGCGUGCCGGACCUGGCCGUGCUGCGGCAGCGCUUCGACCGCCCCGACGGCACCUCCACCCUCCCGGGGCUCGACAUCUUCGUCACCACGGCCGACCCCAUCAAGGAGCCCAUCCUCUCCACCGCCAACUCCGUGCUCUCCAUCCUCGCCGCCGACUACCCCGUCGACCGCAACACAUGCUACGUCUCUGACGACAGUGGCAUGCUGCUCACCUACGAGGCCCUGGCCGAGUCCUCCAAGUUCGCCACCCUCUGGGUGCCCUUCUGCCGCAAGCACGGGAUCGAGCCCAGGGGUCCGGAGAGCUACUUCGAGCUCAAGUCCCACCCCUACAUGGGGAGAGCCCAGGACGAAUUCGUCAACGACCGCCGCCGCGUCCGCAAGGAGUACGACGAGUUCAAGGCCAGAAUCAACAGCCUGGAGCACGACAUCAAGCAGCGCAACGACGGGUACAACGCCGCCAACGCCCACCGGGAAGGCGAGCCCCGACCCACCUGGAUGGCCGACGGCACCCAGUGGCAGGGCACCUGGGUGGACGCCUCCGAGAACCACCGCAGGGGCGACCACGCCGGCAUCGUCCUGCAGGUGCUGCUGAACCACCCGAGCCACCGCCGGCAGACGGGCCCGCCGGCGAGCGCUGACAACCCACUGGACUUCAGCGGCGUGGAUGUGCGUCUCCCCAUGCUGGUGUACGUGUCCCGUGAGAAGCGCCCCGGACACGACCACCAGAAGAAGGCCGGCGCCAUGAACGCGCUCACCCGCGCCUCCGCGCUGCUCUCCAACUCCCCCUUCAUCCUCAACCUCGACUGCGACCAUUACAUCAACAACUCCCAGGCCCUCCGCGCCGGCAUCUGCUUCAUGGUGGGACGCGACAGCGACACCGUCGCCUUCGUCCAGUUCCCGCAGCGCUUCGAGGGCGUCGACCCCACCGACCUCUACGCCAACCACAACCGCAUCUUCUUCGACGGCACCCUCCGUGCCCUCGACGGCAUGCAGGGCCCCAUCUACGUCGGCACCGGCUGUCUCUUCCGCCGCAUCACCGUCUACGGCUUCGACCCGCCCAGGAUCAACGUCGGCGGGCCCUGCUUCCCCAGGCUCGCCGGGCUCUUCGCCAAGACCAAGUACGAGAAGCCCGGCCUCGAGAUGACCAUGGCCAAGGCCAAGGCCGCGCCGGUGCCCGCCAAGGGCAAGCACGGCUUCCUGCCUCUGCCCAAGAAGACGUACGGCAAGUCGGACGCCUUCGUGGACAGCAUCCCGCGCGCGUCGCACCCGUCGCCUUACGCCGCGGCGGCUGAGGGCAUCGUGGCCGACGAGGCGACCAUCGUGGAGGCGGUGAACGUGACGGCCGCGGCGUUCGAGAAGAAGACCGGCUGGGGCAAAGAGAUCGGCUGGGUGUACGACACCGUGACGGAGGACGUGGUGACCGGGUACCGGAUGCAUAUCAAGGGGUGGCGGUCACGCUACUGCUCCAUCUACCCACACGCCUUCAUCGGCACCGCACCCAUCAACCUCACGGAGAGGCUCUUCCAGGUGCUCCGCUGGUCCACGGGCUCCCUCGAGAUCUUCUUCUCCAAGAACAACCCGCUCUUCGGCAGCACCUACCUCCACCCGCUGCAGCGCGUCGCCUACAUCAACAUCACCACCUACCCCUUCACCGCCAUCUUCCUCAUCUUCUACACCACCGUGCCGGCGCUCUCCUUCGUCACCGGCCACUUCAUCGUGCAACGCCCCACCACCAUGUUCUACGUCUACCUGGGCAUCGUGCUCUCCACGCUGCUCGUCAUCGCCGUGCUGGAGGUCAAGUGGGCCGGGGUCACCGUCUUCGAGUGGUUCAGGAACGGCCAGUUCUGGAUGACGGCAAGUUGCUCCGCCUACCUCGCCGCCGUGUGCCAGGUGCUGACCAAGGUGAUAUUCCGGCGUGACAUCUCCUUCAAGCUCACAUCCAAGCUACCGUCCGGAGACGAGAAGAAGGACCCCUACGCCGACCUGUACGUGGUGCGCUGGACGCCGCUCAUGAUCACACCCAUCAUCAUCAUUUUCGUCAACAUCAUUGGGUCGGCGGUGGCCUUCGCCAAGGUGCUCGACGGCGAGUGGACGCACUGGCUCAAGGUCGCCGGCGGGGUCUUCUUCAACUUCUGGGUGCUGUUCCACCUCUACCCGUUCGCCAAGGGGAUCCUGGGGAAGCACGGCAAGACGCCAGUCGUGGUGCUCGUCUGGUGGGCAUUCACCUUCGUCAUCACCGCCGUGCUCUACAUCAACAUCCCCCACAUGCAUAGCUCGGGAGGCAAGCACACAACGGUGCAUGGUCACCAUGGCAAGAAGUUCGUCGACGCAGGGUACUACAACUGGCCAUGA